GAAAUAUUAUUGGUGAACAUGGCCGCCCCCGUAGCUCAGGUGCAACAAUUCUUCAGGGGCUACAAACAGAAUUUUGCCGGUGCACUUCGUGAUGCUUCCAAGCCCUGGACCAAAGUCUUCGAUUCCCUGGAGGAGAAGACCGGCGUGGAUAGGGUCAAUAUUUUCUUCAUUGCCUCUGGCUUGUGCGCUCUCUACCUAGUCUUCGGCUAUGGCGCCCAACUGCUGUGCAACAUCAUUGGAGUGCUAUACCCCGCAUAUAUCUCCAUCCAUGCCAUCGAGUCUAGUACAAAGUAUGACGACACCAAAUGGCUGAUCUACUGGGUCACAUUUGGAAUCUUUACUGUGAUUGAAUUCUUCUCCGGCCUGCUGACUUCCGUGAUUCCCUUCUACUGGCUGUUGAAAAGUGUCUUCCUUGUCUGGUGCAUGCUGCCCUUGGAACGGAACGGUUCCAUCAUCAUCUACCACAAACUGGUGCAACCCUACUUUCUGAAGACCGCUGAAGUGCUUAAGCAAGACUAGAAUUCCGAUGUGGCGUACCUCAAACUCACCUCGCAUUGGUUACGUUUUGCAAUGACUUUUAAAUCUGUUCUAUAUUUGUUGUUAAUAAGAGCAUAAGUGGUCGGUCGCUGAACGAGAAAUCCCCGCUUGUUAAAAGUAAAACCAAAAACAUAUAUUUUUGAGUCCAGGUUUAAAAAGCUAUUAAGCCAUUUCCCAACUUGAUAAGAAUAAACUAUAAAACUUCA